AUAUGUGUACACUAUAACCUAAAUAGAAAAUGUCCAUAUUUGACCACAACCUGGCAUUUUUUGAGGCAUACCAACUUUAGGUGAAAGGUCUUCAAAACAUCUGCCUUUUCUCCAGACCAUUACCGCUGCCAUUUCUCCAAUUGGAAAAGUAAACUUCUUUCUAUUUUGCCUUCCUUUUUCAGGUCUUUGGUGAAAAGCAAUUGAAUUAUGCUGAACUAGAGAACGGGAAUCAAUUGUUCCUCAGAGGUUCCCCCAGAAUGUCUAAUAGAAUUAUAGCAACUGCCCCACCUAAUGUCUCACGAAAUCCCCGGACCAUGCCAAAUCAUCGAACCACCUGAUUUAUUUUUAAUAGUAUUACACCCCUCACUCCGUAGUGUCAUGGUAAUAACUGUGGCUCCUCCAGCUGCCUCUAUAUCACAUUAGCCAAGCUUAAUAUUGACUGUGUAGGGCUCACAAAACAAUAAGCCUUGAAGACAGGCAGCUUAGAGGCAGCCAACCAAUCGGAAAGCUUCGCAGUUUGCUGGAGGGGUGUUAAGUAAAGCACUGAAGUUGCUAUUGCCCUGGAGGAGCAGUUUAAUCAAUGAGAUGCUUAGCGCCGGGGUACCCACACGGACCCGCACCCUUCAGAUCCAAGCAUCCCUCAACAAGUCCAAGCUGAUGAGAAACCAUGAAACCUGAUGCAACUUGAUUUCUUUUAUUAUGUCUGUCUUUCACGCAGCAAACAAACAAUCACUUUUCGUCUCAUUUAAUCACAAGCCUUAUAUUUUCCAGCUGCCUUCUGUUUCUGCAUCAAAACGUCCGUAUAAAAGUGAAAAAAUAAGCUCAAUUUAAAUGAUUGGUUCUGUGAAAUUGGCAUUGGACAAACGUAUGCCACAUUUUAUUUUAAAGCGGUGAGAAAAUAGAGAUCUGUGUGCAUGUUAAUGAAAACCAUAUUGGAUUCUGCGCAGAUUUUUUAAACAGUGGCGUGUUUGAUAAAAGAAUUAGAUUAAAGUGAAAUGAAUAUGCAAAACUAAAUUUACUAAAAAUUAAAUCCAGUCACUUAUCGCCUUAUAUGUGUCGUAUUGCUGCAAACCGCAACGGGAAUCAAACUACACCACUUGUGGGCUACAUGCACCUGAUCACACACACAAUAUAUGGCCCUCUGCCAAACAGAAAUGUUUUAAUUUGUUGAAAUAAACCAUGCAGCUCAUCUCACCCAUGUCAUUUAUUACAAAACUCAAUUUCAGCUGGUUUCAUGAUACCUAUGAAUCUUCGAAUGAUUGCGUUUGUUGGAGGGUAGGAUAAGCAAUGGGCAAAAUCUGCCUAUUGUGUAUGAGCAUACUGAUUAUGGCCUUUUAUUAGUGCAUGGGUGCAAUCUAUUCAACUUCUCUCUCUCUCCCUCCCAUCCACCCUCCCUCCAUCCAUCCCAGCUACAGCCCCUUGGGGUAUGCCCAUGUCCCAAAGGACAGCCAGCAAAGCAGAUGGACCCCCCUCCCCCUUCCUCUAAACAGGGUUGGGGUUCAGAAAGAGGAUAGGCUGUGAUUGGCUGAACGCUUCAAUUUGUAAAAUGUGGUUUUGAGCGGAAUUCUCUGACCACCUUAAUUGGAACUAUAAGUGAUUGUAUUUGCCUCCUUCAAAUGGUUUAAUUAAUGGCUGUAAUGGCCAAUGUGACCUUCGGAUUCCCCAACAGGAUCCGAAGAAUCUGUUGUGUGCCUCCAAGUAAUUGCUUGAAAAAUCGCAAUAGGUGUUGCACGGACACUCUCAUACAGUAUCAAUAGCAGAGCAGUUAAACAGUCUAGAGAGGGGUUGCAGGUGGCAUAUUGUGUAAAUGGGCAAUUUUACGCUUCCAAUUAUGCAGUGGGCACUUGAUAUAAUAUGGGAUUGAUUUACACAAACUGGCAGACUGGCUUUCAUUCCCAGCUUAGGGCUGCUAAGUGUCCUAUUCUCUCUCACUGCUCCUGAUAUGCUGUUUCUUAAAAUGAAAGGUAAUGAACUUUGUGUUGACAAAAAAAAAAAGAGUAAUACUACUAAAGUUAAAAGUGCACACUCAUAUACUGCUGUCCUUUUUCUCCUCAUAGUGCCGGAAAGCACGAGUCUGAUGUUUUUCUGUCCCCCAGGAUGCUUCCGAAGAGAAUUCCUGAAUUCAGCUCCAAUCACAAUGAUGAGCAAACCUUAUGGAAAACCAGGGGAUGUGACUGAGCUGGUCAGCUCCCUUGGAUGGAUGGAAGAGGACCUCAGCUCACAGGAUGGUGACCAAACAGAUGAAAUGGGAGAUCAAUAUGCACUGAACAGGACUAAUCGGGGACCUGUGGAACUGGGCAGUGAGGAUAUGGAGGAAGAGGAUGAUGAGGAAGAUGACGAAGUGGGUCUUGAUGGAGAAAAGGCACCCAAGCGGAGAGGUCCUAAAAAGAAGAAAAUGACCAAAGCCAGACAGGAACGUUUCCGUGCACGGCGCGUCAAGGCCAACGCCAGGGAACGUUCACGCAUGCAUGGGCUGAACGACGCACUGGACACCUUGAGGCGCGUUAUGCCUUGUUACUCAAAGACCCAAAAGCUCUCCAAAAUCGAGACUCUGCGGCUGGCCCGCAACUACAUCUGGGCGUUGUCUGAGGUUUUGGAGAGUGGCCAGUCAACUGAGAGCAAUGGUUUUGUAGAAAUGCUAUGCAAGGGGCUUUCGCAACCUACCAGCAACUUAGUGGCUGGCUGCCUCCAACUGGGACCUUCAACCAUGCUGCUGAACCAACUGGAUGAGAAGUGUGCCAUACCGGGUGCAGGGGGUCAGCAGGGUCACCCCAUUAGCUAUCCCUCACCAGGACUGCCCAGCCCACCCUAUGGCUCAUUGGAGGCCUCACACUUGCUACAUCUAAAGGGUUUCAAGGGGGCUGUCUAUGAGAAUUCCUCACCCAACGAAUGCAGCAGUGGCACCCCGCCUUACGACGGCCCUCUCACGCCUCCUCUCAGCAUCAGCGGCAACUUCGCUGUAAAGCGGGAGUCCUCACCACACGAGACAGAGAGGAACUUUACACCUCACGCUGCCCAUUACCUCUCUUCGCACCCUUACCCACCGUCUUCCUUGGCAGGUCUUCCAGCUCCUCAGGGUCACACACUGUUCCCAGGCUCCCGUUACGAGCUUCCUUUAGAAAUGGCUUUCGAGCCGUUUGCCCCAUCGCACGUGGUGACAUCACAGAUAAGCACCAUUUACAGCGAAUGAACAAAUGACCACCAGAGACAUUCAGCAAAUCCAUUUCCUCAGCGGGCCUCCAGGGGCCCGGCACAUUUAAGGAGACACUUUGCAUGUAUCCUGUCUGAGCUAUUAAGAGAACAUAGCCAUCACUGAGAAACAUGUAACUUACCUGUGGCAAUUGAAGUACUGAGAAAGAGAUGCACAAAUUUCGUUAAUUUAUUCUUGUUUUUGUCAUUAUUGAGUUUGUUACUAUUUUAAUUGUAAUUUUCUGGAAUUUCUAUUCUGUAUACAUGUGAUGUUCCCCUCAAACCGGAAGAUUUUGUUUGUGCACAAUGCGCACAUGCUAUAAAAAUGCAGCAAAUAGACACAUACACAAACAAGUCCUCUUAGUGGGUUAUUGGAAGGUACAAAAUUAAAAAAAAUUAGAAGUGUAUGAUGACUUUUUAGUUAAAACUCAAUAUCUUCAGCCCUGUUUAACCAGAUGCUGAUUUUAAUAAGUUAAUUAAAACAGACAAACAAACGACAGAAUGAAGGAGAAGGAAAUAAAUUUAGCACAAUAGUUUGCCAUAACAAAAACAUUUAUUUAUGACUGUAUUUAAUAUUUAUUUUAAUGACAAUUGUACAAGCAAUUUGUCAGCACUGUUUUAUUGUUUUUUGGUACACUGCCAGUCAAUGUUACCAAUACUCAUAAAGUAUCUAAUUUAUUUAUUUGGAUUUUUUUCUGUUUAAUGUGUUUUUGUCAUUCUCCACAAGAUUUGUAAUUUUGCUCAAGCAUUUGUAUAUAUUUACCUGUUUCGCACUUAAUAAAAUAAAUAUUCUUAUACAAUA